AUGGCUCUGGUAGCCCAUAUAGAUUCCGGAAAGACUACCUUGACGGAGUCCAUCUUGCUCAAGUCUUCAUACCUGUCUUCCGCUGGUACAGUAGACACCGGAAGCACUACAACAGAUUUUCUACCAGCAGAGCGCGAGCGAGGUAUCACCAUCCAAUCUGCCAGCAUUCCAGUGAAGUGGAGAGAUUGGACCUUCAACCUUAUUGAUACCCCGGGUCACGCUGACUUCGGCAUGGAGGUGGAAAGUGCCAGUCGCGUGGUUGACGGUGCGGUUGUCUUGUUAGACUCUGUUGAGGGCGUUGAGGCACAGACGAAGGGUGUCUGGAGGCAGUUGGAUAGGUAUGGUGUACGGUCAAGAAUGGUGUUCCUCAACAAACUUGAUCGAGCAGGAGCAUCAUUCUCAUCCUCGCUGUUGUCGCUUCUCUCUAACCGGCUACAUCCCAAACCCAUGGCGUUGGUCUUACCAAUAGCUUCGUUCAAUCCCGACGACUAUGCACGGGGUGAACCCGGUAUUCAAGGUCUCGUGGAUCUCGUCGAGUGGGAGGUAUGGAAAUGGAAUGAAGAUGGCGAAUCAUCUCGUUACCCGCUUCCUUCCAAUGCCGAAGAUCUUAAGCGAACCAACAUCAUCCCUCUGUCUCAUCCCAUACUUCCGCAUCUGAUUCCCGCUCGCACUGCAUUACUCGAGAAUCUCUCCAUGUUCUCCGAAGACCUAAUGGAAGCACUGCUCAGCCUGCCUACCGAUGACCCUUCCCCUUACCUCGGCAUCUCUGCGUCAACGAUUAUGCCUCAUCUUCGGGCUGCAACCAUUCGCAAUGACAUCCUGCCCGUGGUAUGUGGUUCUGCCUUCAAACAUGUGGGCACCGAACUAGUAAUGAAUUACGUCGGAGAGCUCUUCCCCAGUCCGCGUGAUGUGGUUGACAGAGUCCCGGUACCUAAUGCGCCCUUGCGCAUGUUGGCAUGGAAGGUAGGUUGGGACAAGCGGAAAGGAUGGAUGACAUUCGUGCGCGUAUACUCGGGAACGCUCACACGCCAUACCACUAUCGUCAACGCCACACGAAAUCAGCGCGAGAAGCUCGCCAAAAUCCUGCUGCUCUAUGCUUCGCAGACGGAAGAGGUGGAUUCGCUGCCUUUCGGCUCAGUCGGUGUGCUUCUUGGUCUCAGACAUACUCGCACGGGUGACACGCUCGUCUCCACACAACAUUCCUCGGACAAUUCAUCGCUGGGCGACAUCGUGCCUCCUCCGGCAGUGAUGUCGGCAGCAGUGAUACCUCAAACGCAAGCCGAUUUAGAGCCCGUCCAGAAUGCUCUAAUAUCACUCGCACGGACUGACCCAUCUGUCCGCAUGGAGACACAUGAAGGGCAGCUUCUGGUGCACGGUCUUGGCUCAUUGCAUCUCGAAAUCGUAGAGAGCCGACUGAAAGAUGAGUGGAAGGUGCAAUUUGAACUGGGCAAGCGUCGCGUGAGCUACCGUGAGGGCCUUGGCUCUGGGGACGCAAGGCCAAAACAAGAGGUGUGGACCACAGAAAUCGCAGGGAAGCCUGUCUCCGUGUCGUUUGGCUUCACCGUCGAAGCUUUGGAUGAGGGCGACCAGGGUAAUCCGCUAUGGGAUGGUAAUGUUGUGCUGGACAGCAAGAGGCAGCCUAUGCGCCCAUCGGACUUAUUCGCUAACCAACAAGAUCCAAUGGCAAACAUCUCUCGCGGCAUCUUCGACGCGCUGUCAACUUCUCCGCACACUUCUCUGGCUCUCUCGCAUGUCCGUGUCAAGUUUAACAGCUUCCGCUACCCCGUAGAGAUCCCGUCAUCCGUCCUCGCUGGUGCGAGCGCAGCCAUCCUGCGCGACUGCAUCAAGAGCGCUGGAAUGGGGCCUAUCAUGGAGCCUUACAUCCGCCUAAAGAUCACGGUGCCAGAGGAUUCACUCGGAAAAGUCAUCAAGGAUCUGACUGAGCACGGCGGCGAAGUGCUUGACAUGGCAACUGGCGCUCUCAAUGCGGCGGGUACUGAGGAGGACGCAGAACCGUACUCUCACGACGGGGUGUACAUCCCCCCAGAUUGGCUGUCCCCGUCCGCCGUGACUGUGGCGGGCGACAGGUCGUCAUCGUCGUCGAUACUCCGGCGAUCCGUACAAGCUCUUGCUCCCCUGAGUCAGAUGCUCGACUAUUCGAAUCGGCUGCGUGCACUUUCCGGCGGUCAGGGCGUCUUCGAGAUGGUGAAUGCGGGUUUCAAAAAGGUGUCAGAGACGAGGAAGAUGGAGAUUCUGCGGGAGAUAGGUCGAGCAUAG